CGGAAGGACCGCAAGCUCGUGACCGGAUGGCAAUAGAACGCCUGAAUUUUGGGCGCACACGGCAGCAGAAUGUCAAAAUGUUUACUACACGGCACGGCGGCUGGACACGGAGCAUACUUGGGCCGCGGGAAUCGGAGGUCGUGGGGGUGGAGGAGCGGUUAGCCGCCCGCGUUCGUGCGCCCGCGCUCCACCGCUGCCUGCGCCGCUUCGGGAAUCAAACCCGCCCGUCGGAUCUCCAGCGGACGCUCCCCGUCGCGCCACGUGCGCCACUCGCUCCCCUGGUGGGUCCAUAAGGAGCAAGACGAUCGACGACGACGCAGCGCGUCUCCGGAGCAGUUCCCUGAGGAGCGAGCGAGACAGAGAGAGAUCGCGCUCCUGCGGCGAGGCAAUGGCUCGAGCGCCCGGCGGUGGCCGCCGGCGGGGCGGCGGCGGCAGGAGGAGGGACGCGGCGGGUGGCGCGGAGGCGGUGCGGAAGGGGCCCUGGAUGGCAGAGGAGGACGCGGUGCUGCUGGAGCACGUCCGCGCGCACGGGCCCCGCGACUGGAGCUCCAUUCGAUCCAAAGGCCUCCUGCCGCGCACCGGCAAGUCCUGCCGCCUCCGCUGGGUUAACAAGCUCCGGCCAAACCUCAAGACUGGCUGCAAGUUCUCUGCCGAGGAGGAGCGCGUGGUGCUGGAGCUGCAGGCGCAGUUCGGGAACAAGUGGGCGAGGAUCGCCACCUACUUGCCGGGGAGGACGGACAACGACGUGAAGAACUUCUGGAGCACCCGCCAGAAGCGGCUCGCCAGGCUCCUGCGGGCACCGCUCCCCGCGCGGUCCAGCAAGAACAGCAGCGGCAAGGCGCCUGCGGCCUCGUCUCUGGAGUCGCGACCCGCCACCGUGGGUCCCUGCCUGGAUCGAGUUCCAUUCGGGACAAACUCCAGCGUCCACCCAUGCAGCGCAGCAACACCAUUCAUGAACACCCAGAAUGCUGCACGGGUCCCGUACGAUCAGUCGGCCUCCGGACUUCUCAGCUUCAACGGAGCGCUGCCGCCGUUCGCACCGGCCACCGACAGCCACGCGUGCUCGUCGUCAAACGCAGCCCCGUUUCUUCAAAAGUCGCCGUUCGAUGAGCCUCCGUACCCUCUGCUCGACUACCCAGGGAUGCCGGAGUGUUGGAGCAUGGCUCCCGGCGGGUUCGUCAACGCCGGCGCUAUGGACGAUCUCGCCUACCAGGAGCUGCUUCCGAUGAUGGCGCAAUCCGCUCCGAUGAUGUUCCCGUUCUUCGGCAUGGAGUGCGCGCAGGGUGGCGUCAAGCCCGAGCCCCCGGACGCGCCCGACUUCUUCGACGACCUCCCGGCGGACAUGUUCGACUCGCUUGAUCAGGUGCCCCCGCCGUUGUCACCGCCUGCGACGAGCUCUGGAUUUUGAGGUUGUCCUUUCCGAUGGACGAAAUCUGCCAUUCAUCUUCUUGUCUGGCAAUGCAUUUGGACUGCCUGUUCUGACCAGUACUGGCGGUUGCUGAAAGUUUUAGCCUUUGCAGCCGGCUUACUUAACCUCGCAAUGAUUCAGAUUCGAGCUUUGUGCUGGACAUGGAAAGUGGAAUACUUCUAACCUUAGAUGCAGAAUGUAAAAUGCAAGUGUUGAUCAAGUGGUUGUGGUUGUAAUGUCUGUAUAGCUUAGCAUGCUGUAGGAUCGGUAUCAGUCUAGUACAAGAGAUGUAAGAAGUUUAGCAUGUGCUCAUGUUUGUUAACAAGAUGUCCUUUUGCUA